AGCACAGGCACACGCCAUGCCGUCCCCGACCCGGAGUUUGGACUCCGCUCCGGCCGGCUCGCCGUUCGCGACAACGUUUUUCUAAGGCAACAGCGCGAAAGCCUAGGUCGCUUGGUGUGGUACCGCAAGUCCAUAACGCACGCUACCAACCGCCACCUACUCGCUGCUCCUUUGCUCGGCGCCGUGGCAGUUAACAGCUGCUUAAACUACUUGUAGUGGCAGCGGCGUGGCCACCGCGGCCGAGCUGCUGGUGGUGGUAAUGCUGCUGCUGCGUGCGGUGGCACUGCGCGGCCUGUCGCGAUGAGGCGCUCCUCCCGUGCCGCGGCUUCUGCGGGGAAGGCGGUUCUUCUGUUGGUGGUGGUGGUGCUGCUGCAUUGGGCCGGCGGCGCGGGGGUGGACGCGGCCACGGACGCCGAGCGGCGGAUACUGCUCGACUUCAAGGCCGCCGUCACCGCGGACCCGCGUGGGGCGCUGGCGUCCUGGACUCCCUCGGGGGACCCCUGUUUGGACUUCGCGGGGGUCACCUGCGACCCGUCCUCCGGCGCCGUACAGCGGCUGCGCGUCCACGGCGCGGGCAUCGCGGGGGUGCUCACCCCGUCGCUCGCGCGGCUGCCGGUGCUCGAGUCCAUCUCGCUCUUCGGGAACAGCCUCACCGGCGGCAUCCCGCGGAGCUUCAGCGCGCUCGCCCCCACGCUCCACAAGCUCAACAUCAGCCGGAACGCGCUCUCCGGCGAGAUCCCGCCGUUCCUCGGCGCGUUCCCGUGGCUCCGCUUGCUCGACCUCUCCUACAACGCCUUCUCCGGUGAGAUCCCCGCCGCGCUGUUCGACCCCUGCCUCCGCCUCCGGUACGUGUCGCUCGCGCACAACGACCUCGCCGGCCCCGUCCCGCCCGGCAUUGCCAAUUGCUCGCGCCUCGCUGGGUUCGACUUCUCCUACAACCGCCUCUCCGGCGAGCUCCCGGAUCAAGUCUGCGCGCCUCCGGAGAUGAACUACAUCUCCGUCCGAAGCAAUUCGCUCUCCGGCAAUAUAGCCGGCAAGCUCACCACUUGUGGCAGUAUUGAUCUCUUCGACGUCGGGAGCAACCAGUUCUCCGGAUCCGCUCCCUUUGCCCUUCUCGGCUCGGUAAACAUCACCUACUUCAACGUCUCCUCCAACGCCUUCGACGGCGAAAUCCCCAGCAUUACAACGUGCGGCAGCAAAUUCUCAUACUUCGACGCGUCCGGGAACCGGCUCACGGGACCGGUGCCGGAGAGCGUGGUGAAUUGCCGCAAUCUGAGGGUUUUGGAUUUGGGGGCGAAUGCUCUUGCUGGAGAUAUACCACCUGUGAUUGGGACAUUGCGGUCGCUCUCCGUGCUCCGGCUCGCGGGCAAUGCGGGCAUUUCCGGUUCAAUCCCUGCCGAGCUUGGAGGGAUUGAGAUGCUUGUCACACUCGACCUCGCCGGCCUUGCUCUCACAGGAGAGAUUCCACGGUCCCUGAGCCAGUGCCAGUUCUUGCUUGAGCUGAAUCUGUCUGGCAACCAAUUGCAAGGAGCAGUCCCAGACACGCUCAACAAUUCGACUUACCUCAAGAUGCUUGAUCUACACAGGAACCAGCUUGAUGGGGGCAUUCCCGUGACACUUGGGCAGCUCACAAACCUUGAUCUCCUGGACCUCUCAGAGAAUCGACUGACUGGGGAAAUUCCUCUAGAGCUUGGGAACCUCUCUAACCUGACACAUUUUAAUGUGUCCUUCAAUAACCUCUCUGGUAUGAUCCCUUCUGCGCCGGUCUUGCAGCAGUUUGGUUUCACUGCGUUCAUGGGCAACCCAUUACUAUGCGGCCCUCCAUUGAACAAUCUCUGUGGGGCGCACUGGAAGGCGAAACGAUUGGGUGUGUCUGUCAUAAUUGUCAUUGUUGCUGCGGCCCUCAUACUUAUCGGGGUAUGCAUUGUUUGUGCGAUGAACAUUAAGGCUUAUACAAGGAGGAGUAAAGAUGAGGACAGGAAGGAAGAGGAAGAGGUUCUGGUGUCUGAGAGCACACCGAUUGCAUCUCCAGGCUCAAAUGUGAUCAUCGGAAAGCUAGUGCUUUUCAGCAAGAGCUUGCCUUCGAGAUAUGAAGAUUGGGAAACGGGAACUAAGGCACUACUCGACAAGGACUGCCUCGUUGGUGGCGGUUCAGUUGGUACGGUGUACAAAGCCACCUUCGAAAAUGGCCUAUCCAUUGCUGUGAAGAAACUGGAGACACUAGGGAGGGUGAGAGACCAGGAUGAGUUUGAGCAUGAGAUGGGCCAGCUUGGUAACCUCAGCCACCCCAAUCUGGUUGCUUUCCAGGGUUACUAUUGGUCAUCCUCAAUGCAGUUGCUCCUGUCUGAAUUUAUGGCCAAUGGGAGCUUGUAUGAUCACCUCCACGGGAACCAUCCUCAUGCUUUCUCUGAGAGCAGCAGCAGAGGUGGUGGAGGUGAGCUGUUUUGGGAACAGAGGUUCAACAUUGCGCUUGGAGCGGCACGAGCACUUGCUUACCUUCACCAUGACUGCCGGCCACAAAUCCUGCAUCUCAACAUCAAGUCCUCCAACAUAAUGUUAGAUGGAAAAUAUGAGGCCAAGUUGUCUGAUUAUGGAUUGAGGAAGCUAUUGCCAAUUCUAGGAAGCAUUGAAUUGAGUAGAAUUCACACCUCCAUUGGAUAUAUUGCACCGGAGCUAGCAUCUCAGAGCUUGAGAUAUAGCGACAAGAGUGAUGUAUUUAGCUUUGGGGUGAUUUUGCUUGAGAUUGUGACAGGGCGGAAGCCAGUAGACAGCCCUGGGGUGGCUACAGCGGUCGUACUGCGUGAUUAUGUGAGAGAGAUAUUGGAGGAUGGAACUGUGUCAGACUGCUUUGAUCAUAGCCUGAGGGGAUUUGUUGAAGCCGAAUUGGUUCAAGUUCUCAAGUUAGGUCUGGUAUGCACUUCCAACACACCAUCAAGCCGACCUAGCAUGGCAGAGGUGGUGCAGUUCUUGGAGUCCGUUAGAACUAGUUAUUGAUGUUCUUCUGUCAGAACAUAGUAGCAGAAUAGGAGGUUGACAGGAAAAGCGUUUUCUGAUUUUUCAACAGAUGAAGAUCACAUUCUUUUUUAUUCUUUAUUGUGUCCCCAGUUUCUUUUGUAAAUUGUAUUUAGAUUUGUUGCUGAAUAAGUGAUUGUUUUGGUUGAAUCAUCAAAUCCCUGUUUUUUUAUCUUUGUGGUUUUUCGUACGCUGUAGCCCUCUUUC